UUCGUGUGGAGCAAAAUUGUGAUUUGACGUUGGAGCCGACUCGAUUUUAUUCUCCAUUCCCCAUCCAUUUGUGCGGUGUUAAAUUAUACACGUCUUGCGGUUUUGUUGCUGAUUGAACUUUAACGUUAAUUUUUUUAUAUUCACGCUUUUUUACGUGCCUGUUUUAAGGAAUUAACAAAGAAAUGGCACAACCAAUUCGUGUUGUUGUUACUGGCGCUGCUGGUCAAAUCGCCUACUCGUUGCUAUACAUGAUUGCCCGUGGUGAGGUGUUCGGUAAGGAUCAACCUUUGAUUUUGCAUUUACUCGAUAUCCCCCCAAUGAUGGGUGUACUCGAGGGCGUUGUUAUGGAAUUGGCAGAUUGCGCGUUACCACUACUUCGCCAAGUCAUCCCAACCGCUGACCCAGCGGUAGGAUUUAAAGAUGUGUCCGCUGCCUUUUUGGUAGGCGCUAUGCCACGGAAGGAGGGCAUGGAGCGCAAAGAUUUACUCUCUGCCAACGUGAAAAUCUUCAAGGCACAAGGACAGGCUAUAGAUCAGCAUGCUCGCAAGGACAUUAAAGUCUUAGUUGUAGGCAAUCCAGCUAAUACCAACGCACUCGUAUGCUCACACUAUGCGCCAUCAAUUCCACGUGAGAAUUUCACCGCCAUGACACGGUUGGAUCAAAAUCGUGCCACCGCACAGAUCGCCGCCAAAUUGGGUGUGCCAAUUAAUGCCGUCAAGAAUGUCGUCAUCUGGGGAAAUCAUUCGUCCACCCAGUUCCCCGAUCCCAGCAACGGGAUUGUUGAAGUCGAUGGUGCUGUCAAGCGUGUUUGGGAUGCUGUCAAUGAUGCUGCCUUUUUACAGGGUCAAUUCGUAGAGACAGUGCAAAAGCGUGGCGCCGCAGUGAUUGCUGCACGUAAAAUGUCAUCGGCCAUGUCCGCAGCUAAGGCUGCUUGUGAUCACAUGCACGAUUGGUGGAAUGGUACUGCAUCUGGUCAAUUUGUCUCAAUGGGUGUCAUCUCUGAUGGCAGCUACGGGGCGCCCAAGGAUGUGGUAUUCUCAUUCCCUGUGGAAAUUAGCAAUGGAAAAUGGAAGAUUGUACAGGGUUUGCAAUUGGACGACUUUGCCAAAUCCAAGUUGGCCCUUACUGGCAAGGAACUGGAAGAGGAAAAGGGUGAAGCGAUGGCCGUAUGCUCCGCGGAUUGACUAGUUUCAACCGAUUCUAAGCUGUAAAAAAUACAAGCAGCAUAUUUCUAUUGAAUCGUAAAUAAAAACAGUGUCCGAAAAAUAAGAAUUGAAGUUGAGAUUUUGGAUGUAGAAUGUAGUAUAUUUUUGUGGACAUCCAGACUAGUUUGUUCAUUUACAAUAUAAGGGAUUGUAAACAUUAACAUUUUGUGUAAAUUUAUGUAUUUUUGAAAUGCAUGUAACUAACCAAUGAAGAUUGUUAUUUGUUUCAUUAUAAUUACAUAUGUAUGUAUAAACGAGAUUGAAGUAGAAAAAAUAUACGUAUGUAUACACAAUAUAUACACAAGUAC